AUGAGCAACAACCUCCGCAUUGCGGUCGUCGGUGCAGGGCCCGCAGGUCUCACGUUGGCACGGCUUCUUCAGGUCCACAGCGUUGCAUGUACAGUUUUUGAGCUCGACGAGUCUCCAGCUCGCCGUGGCCAAGGCGGCAGCAUCGAUCUGCACCGGAACGGUGGGCAACAGGCCCUUCGAGAAGCCGGCUUGUUCGCAGAAUUCAGACGCCUCUCACGUCCAGAAGGCGAAGCCCUCAAACUGAUCAAGUACGAUGGGACUGUUGUCCUGGACGAGAACAAGACCGGCACACGCAGACCCGAGGAAUUCAGUGACCGGCCAGAGAUCGACCGCACAAAGCUACGACAACUACUGCUCGAUUCGUUGUCGCCGGACACGGUGGUGUGGGGCAAGAAGCUGAUUACCAUUGCCGAGUCGUCGUCGAUGCCAGGAAAACAUGACCUGCACUUCAAAGAUGGCGUUGAAGAAGGGUUUGACCUGGUCGUCGGUGCGGACGGGGCCUGGUCCAGAGUGCGGAAUAUCCUGACUGAUCAGAGACCUGUCUAUUCCGGGGUGACUGUCAUCGAGCUCUGGGCACUGCAUGUCGACACUCGGCAUCAGUCGCUCGCAGAGUUCGUCGGUGCAGGCAGUUGCUUCAUGUUCGACGAAGGCCGUGCUCUCCAGUGUCAGAGAGACAGUGAAAACACAAUUCGGGUGUAUGCUGGAGUACGACAGCCUGAAGAUUGGGUCAACACCUGUGGCAUUGACUGGUCCUCACCGGAGGAAGCCCAGAAGACCCUACUUGGCCAGUAUUUCAACGACUGCGGACCGGCCUUGAAACAGGCAAUCAUGGACGCCAGCGACCAGCUCAUCCCUCGGCAGAUGUGGAUGCUACCUGUCGGCAUGAGAUGGAAACCAAGGGAAGGGGUCACCCUCGUUGGAGAUGCAGCUCAUUUGAUGACCAUCUUUGGAGGUGUUGGGGUCAAUCUGGCCAUGCUUGACUCAUUGGACCUGUCCAGGGCUGUCAUCGACUGUGCCGGCGAUGCAAGCCGGCUGCCCGAUGCAAUCAGGAGGUAUGAGGAGGUGAUAUUCGCAAGGGGGGAGCAGUAUGCGCGCAAAACUGAGAAAGGUCUCAAAGGCCAUUUCAGCGCCAAAGGUGUCGAUGAGAUGGCCCGACGACUUCAGGGACGAUGA